AUGACGACAGAGAAUUCUCUCUCAACGCAGCUCAAUAGCGAAGAGAAGGAUCAACUGGAUCGAAGCAAGAAGAAGACGAAAACGUCUACUGAAUCACCCAUGGGCGAAGCCACACCAACUAGGGAGGCCAUGCCGACACAAGGAGCUUCAAUGGAGAAACAACCAGGCGCUCUUUCCUUCAAACAGAUUGUGGCAAACGAAUCCCACCAGAGUUCACAGGUCACAGCGGAGGACAUAGACCUGGUGUCAGAUGAUGAAGUGGAUAAAAGCUGCCCAAUCAUUCGACUCACAAGGGAGGAGAAGGUUAGGUUACGAAGCAAAUGGAAGCAAACCUUAAUUGUGAAAGUGCUGGGAAGGAAUGUAGGCUACGGAUAUCUCCUGAGAAGACUCACGACUUUAUGGAAACCAAAGGCGCGGAUGGAACUGGUGACAGUGGAUAAUGGUUAUUUCUUGGUGAAGUUUGCGUCGGUGGAUGAUUAUGAAUUUGCGAAAUACGGAGGACCAUGGAUGGUGCUGGAUCAUUACCUCAUAGUGAAGGAAUGGGUACCCAACUUUGAUCCUUUUACGGCCAAGACUGAGUCCAUGAUUGUUUGGAUCCGUUUCCCAUGUCUCCCGGCAGAAUAUUUUAAUCACAAGUUUCUGAUGAGUGUGGGGGAGAAAGUCGAUCGUCCGAUUAACAUUGAUACCGCCACUAGCUUGGUCUCGAGGGCCAGUUUCGCGAGAGUUUGUGUUGAAGUGGACAUCACCAAGCCAUUGUUAGCUAAGUUUACUCUACGAAACAGAGUUCGUCCGAUAGUUUAUGAAGGUUUACACCUUAUAUGUUUCAAGUGCGGAACGUAUGGUCACAAUGCCGAAGGAUGCCGGUUGAACUGUGGAGAAGAAACCAUCCAAACACCAACUGUCAAUGACGGGCAGCGGCCGGAAACCACCUCCGGCACAUGCAACGGUCAAAAAACCAAUGGAAAUGGAAAGGAGCUACUGACUAUGGAAACUACGGCAAUAAGGCCAGAACUUACGGAGGAUUAUGGAACGUGGAUGGUAGCUCCAAAACCGAAAAGGAAUUACACCAAGAAUCAAGGAAACAAAAAUCAAGGAAGCGCAGAUGGCGGUAGGAAGGAUCAGCAGGAAGCCAGAAAAGGGAAGAAUCACAAUGAGCAAUCAGGGUCAAGAUUUGCGAACCUUGCGGAUACUACUAAUGAGGAGGAUGAUCAGUCUGUGGAGGAAUUAAUGGGUGAGCAAGUGAAUAAGCAAAGCCGAGCCCAAGUAGCAAACAAUUCGAGGCAAUCAAAAGGGAAAAGGCCUACGGCCCAAGUGUCAAAAAAACAGAUCGAAGGUAAUAAUUUACAUGGCAUGCACAAAAGACAGCCCGAGAGUGGAGAGCCCAGCACUAGACGAAGUAACAACAAGAGAGCCCACCAAGUGCAGAACAAUCGAGCUGGUGCUGCUUCGGAACAUACGUUAGUUAUGGGCGACAAGAAUGGGCCACAAUCUGUGCAAGUCUUUGAAACAGAGGUAGAAAAUGAUCCUGAGUGCAUGGGUGGAACAACAGAUCUGCAUGAACACCACGGCGACCCACCAGACGAUGACUUCCUCGACGCACAGGAGCAGACUGACCAGCAUGAGGGUGUGGUGUGCUUUGGGGAUUCUGAGGCUGCGGCUAUGGAGUUCGAGUCUUGA